ACGCCGACCACAGAAGUGACAACGCCGACCACAGAAGUAACAACGCCGACCACAGAAGUAACAACGCCGACCACAGAAGUAACAACGCCGACCGCAGAAGUAACAACGCCGACCACAGAAGUAGCAACGCUGACCACAGAAGUAACAACGCCGACCGAAGAAGUAACAACGCCGACCACAGAA